AUUUUCCUGCUGGAGUAAUUCACGCGACGAUUGGCAACGAAUGAACUCCUGAGUUGAAGAUUCCAUGGCGCGGCAAAUCGCUGUGUGUUUUUGAUCCGCGAGCUAUUUCGUUGCAAGCGCCGAUUUGCGGUUUAAAUUUUCUACGAACUUUGUAUUUAUUUGCUCGAGAGAUUUUUUUGAUGUGGUCUGCUUCAGAUUACGCUUGCUUGCUCUGGUUUCAAUUUGUUCCUUCGUUUACGUUUGAUUGAAUCUGGCGAGUAACCUCUGCAUCACAGUGUUUUCAUUUCCUAAUUUGGUUUGUAGAGUGGAUAAUUUGAGGUUUCAUCAUUCGAUUUGUAAAUGGAACCGAUGAACAACAGUCGGUCGUGGAAGUGGAAGUGGAUUUUAGGAUUGAUUUACAUAGUUGCUGUAGCAUCAAUAUGGAUUGCUUCUAGUUUCGUAGUACAAUCGGUUGUUGAUGAUGGCGUUUCUCCAUUUCUGGUAACUUAUAUUUGCAAUGGAUUGUUUGUUGUGUACAUACCAUUAGUUGAAAUUCAUCGUUGUUUGGAGGAUAUCUAUGGAGGAUUGUCAAGUAGGAAGACAAAUACAGCUUCUGAGCAACAAGCACUUCUCAAAAAUGGCGAGAAUAGCUCUCAAUUAGAUCAUGAAAAGGAAAUUACAUCAAGGCAGAAUGCAGAAUCCAUGGAAAACAUUCGUUGGACACGAAGACGAGUUGCGAAAAUCAGCUUGUUGAUAUGCCCAAUUUGGUUUAUGGCACAGCUCACAUUCAAUCUGUCUCUCAAAUACACCACAGUCACGUCAAACACCAUCCUCAGCAGUUCAUCGAGCCUAUUCAGCUUUAUAGUUGCACUGCUGUUUUUGGGAGAAACGUUCACUUGGCUGAAGCUUGCCGGCAUUCUACUUUGCAUCGGAGGAAUGUUAGCUGUCAGCUUAGGCGAUACAGACGCAGGAUCGAGCGCAGUCGCCUCAAAUCCCAUUCUCGGGAAUACGUUGGCUGUUCUUUCUGCAGCGUUUUACGCCGUGUAUGUCACUCUAAUUCGCCUGAAACUUCCAGACGAUGAUGAGGCGCAAGGCCGCGCUAGUAUGGCGCAGUUUCUCGGAUUCUUGGGACUUUUCAAUAUACUGAUAUUUCUCCCGGUCGCAUUGUUUAUAUACCUUGCAAAGAUUGAGCCGUUCGACGUGCUUACCGGGAAGCAAUUUGGGUUAAUUGUUGGUAAAGGUCUUCUGGAUAAUGUUGUUAGUGAAUAUUUGUGGGCGAAGGCGGUGCUGUUGACAACAACGACGGUGGCGACUGCAGGGCUUACAGUUCAGGUACCCUUAGCAGCGAUUGUAGAUUCAUUGUCUGGGAGUAUACCACAGCUAUUAGAUUGCAUUGGAGCUGUUGCUAUUAUGGUUGGUUUUACAUGCAUUAAUAUCCCUUCAUAAUAAGAAAAGUCGAUUACACUUGGCUCGGAAAAAUGAUUCGAUAAUGUAAUAAUAUAACAAAUGCCUAACUAACUCUGCGCCGUAUUCAUGUGGCCGUGUCUUUGCAUGACCCUUUUCGUCGCUAAAGCUGCGGCUUCGCUGGCGCGUAAUGUGCCAGACGCCAUGAUUGCGGCAAAUUCUUUGCUGAUCUCUUCUUGAACUUGGUUUCGUGCAUUUCCUAGUGGAUCUGUAUGGACGAUGUUGUUAGUUUGGUUCUCUUUCGCCCCGUUAGACGGGGGAGUGGAACUUUUCUCGGAUUGUUGUGGCUCGGCGUUUCUUGUAGAUUGCGCUGUUGAUUUGGUGUCCUUUUUAGAUUCAGCUGAUUUAGUUACGGUCGCGGUAUGAAUGGAAUUAGAAACUGCGGAUGCGCUGAAUUGGGGCGCCUGUGGAGCUGCGCCCGAUCUUAGAGUGCCCUCUAGCUGCUGUAUCAUAGGCACUGUCAAGGAAAUCAAGAAUCGCGAAGAUUAGAAUGAAAGUUGAAGUUUAUCAUUUGAAGUGAGGGAAUGAACUUACACAUGAGGGCACCCAUGGGGCUGCUCAUUACUUCGUUAGGGAGAUUCAAGAUGUAGUCGGGUAUGGUAGCGCCAACCAGAAAUUGAGCGAUCUCGUUGCUGAAGUUGUUGCAAUUAUGGGUCAAGAGACUGUAUGUUUCAGCUGUGUAGCGGGGCUCGAUCUCCUGUAGGUAUAUUUCGAAUACAUCUUUAGGCACGUGUGUCACACCAAGAUCCACUGUUCGGAGUGGAGUUCCGUAUGGAGUAGUUCCAGCUGCGGUGCUUUGAAUG